UUUCGUUUCCCAAUAUGGUUUGAAAUUCUUACAUUUUUGUGUUUGAAUAUAUCAACAAAAUUAGAUUUGAUAUGUGCUAAGAUAUGAUGUAUUAGUUGACAUGACGAUUUCUUUUACUACUAGCCAAAUCAUUUAAUAAUCAGUCACAAAGAGGAAGAGAAAUGUGUUCAUUAGAGAAACGUGAUCGUCUUUUCAUACUAAAACUCACCGGCGACGGCGAACACCGUCUAAACCCAACCUUACUCGACUCUCUCCGCUCCACCAUCAACCAAAUCCGAUCAGAUCCAUCAUUUUCACAAUCAGUACUCAUCACAACAUCAGAUGGUAAAUUCUUCUCCAACGGCUACGAUCUCGCUUUAGCCGAGUCAAAUCCUUCUCUCUCUGUUGUAAUGGACGCAAAACUUAGAUCCUUAGUCGCCGAUCUAAUCUCUCUUCCUAUGCCAACAAUCGCCGCCGUCACAGGUCACGCUUCCGCCGCGGGAUGUAUUUUAGCGAUGAGUCAUGAUUAUGUAUUGAUGCGUCGUGAUAGAGGUUUUUUGUAUAUGAGUGAAUUGGAUAUUGAGUUGAUAGUUCCGGCGUGGUUUAUGGCUGUUAUUAGGGGUAAGAUUGGUUCUCCGGCGGCCAGAAGGGAUGUGAUGUUGACGGCGGCGAAAGUGACGGCGGAUGUGGGUGUUAAGAUGGGGAUUGUUGAUUCGGCGUAUGGUAGUGCGGCGGAGACGGUUGAAGCCGCCAUUAAGUUAGGUGAGGAGAUUGUUCAGAGAGGUGGUGAUGGACACGUGUAUGGUAAGAUGAGAGAGAGUCUUUUAAGAGAGGUUCUUAUCCAUACGAUUGGUGAAUAUGAGAGUGGUUCAAGUGUGGUGCGUAGCACUGGAUCUAAACUUUAGAACAUGUUUGUACUUCUUGGGCUACUUGUCAGUUCUUUUCAAGCAAUUGUUCUUUAUACAUUGAUGAUGUAUCUUUUCACCAAGUGAAUUUAUAGUCUUUUUUCAUAUGCAUGACAUUCUAUAUUUCUUAAGAAAAAAA